UGGGUUACACCACAGCACACAGGGCAGCAUCACUUCCCACAGCCAGCGCUGCCGGUCACUCCAGAGCACGCUCUGUGCAGCCAGCACAAGGGGCCCAGCGCUGCUCAGCUCGCCAGUGCCCAGAAGGGAAGCACGAGAUGCCCCAUUUCCACCCAGUAGUCAUUCCCCACAUUGUAGCUACACAUGUGGAAAGCAUGGCAAUCUCUGGCAGCUGCUUCUCCUGCUCAGAUGAGGUGUUCAGACAGCAGAUGCCACAGCUAUCCGUGUAGCAGGCCCCCAGGGCAUACACACAGAGGCACUCAGAACAGUGCCAGGAGGCCAGUUUGGAAGAAAAGGAGAAAGAUGAUGCCUUGGACAUCAAUCCUGAAGUAUUGCAAUGGAACAUCUCAGUUCUAUAUAGUCCUUGAUGAACGAAGAGAGGUCGGGUCAGGCAGCCAGGGACAAGUCAGGCUGAUGAUGAUGGCAAGGGGGACCUUCCUCCUGGUCAUCCUCAAGCCUCUUUGCUCUCCGCCAGCCAUUUAACACCAACACUAGCAUGCACACCUACAGUAACAAAAAAUGUAGAUAAACAAUACACAAACUUUCUGUCAAUACAGCUGCAGCCUGACAACCUCAAAAAGCAACCCGUAUCUGCCCACAGAGAGGUGGUCUGAGCCAUUUCCCCCAGGGCAGCACGCAAGGAGCCAGAACCCUGCGUCACAUCUGUUGACAGCAAAAUACCAGACUCAGACAAACUUAUACAAAAAGCUCUGUUUAUGGAGAAAUGCGCUAGAUUCCAACACUAACACUAUACACAACACAUCACAAAUACAAAACAUACCAUCCACUGGCAGCAGCUUCUGCCAGAACUAGAAAGUGGCUGUGACGAGCACACUAUAUCACUUGGCUACACCGAUGCCAAAAUAAACCAGAGGUCACACUGUGGGGAUCAGAAGUUCAGGUUCGUAGGCCAAUAUUAAGGAGCUACAGAGGGAGAGCACAGUUUCAGAGAGUGUCACUGCACAUGAUUUUGUAGCUGAGUAACCCACUGUAAAGGUGGCUCUGAGCAGACUUUCUGGUGACAAACUUGACGACAGCUACUGCUGCCCAGAACAAGGGAAAUUCACACACAUGAACAAGAACUCAGAGCUACAUGUGGGCAUUAUCCAGGAAGGGCUCUGUGUUUGUUCAUCCCUCAUCUCUAAAGAAGCGUGCUGUCAGGUCUGCCCCACACAAACAAAAAGGUAGGAAAUGUGCCUGUCUUGAUGGGUAAUAUGGUCAUUCUUUUCUUCACCAGUAUGGGAAAAGGUGGUGUGCUUCCUGACAGAGAGCAAAAGGAAGAGAGAAAAGCAACAGCAAACGUAACAACAUAUGAAAAUGAGGAAGGAAACAACACGCCACACCAACAGAAAGAGUCUCAUCUUUCUACACAUUUCCCUAUUCCUAAUACUUUGCUUGAGGCUUCUGCCAGCAGAGGAACAGCAGAUGGACUGCAGAUAGCCAGACUCCUCUCCGAAGCAGCCGCUGCCAGGUUUGCUCAGUCUAUUCCAAACCAUGGGAGACUUUGCAAAUGAGAGUAUUACCAACAACUCCAGUGGAGCUCCCUCCUCUGCCCUGUGCCAGCGAGACACCACAGUCACCCACCUGGUCUUCCCAGUACUGUACACGUUCAUCUUCCUUCUGGGACUCAUCCUGAACAGCCUGGCCUUCUGGGCUUUCUUCCAGAUCCCGAGCACAUCAACUUUCAUUGUCUACCUGAAAAAUAUCCUGGUUUCUGAUUUCAUCAUGACCCUGAUGCUUCCCCUGAAAAUCCUGACAGACUCUGGCCUGGGACCAUGGCAGCUCAAAGCCUUUGUGUGUCGCUUCUCAGCCGUGGUGUUUUACGACACCAUGUACAUCAGCAUCGUGCUACUCGGUCUCAUCGCUUUUGACAGAUUCCUCAAGAUUGUGAGACCUUUCACAAAGUUCUGGGUGCAAAACCUGACCGCAGCAAAGGUCCUCGCAGCUCUGGUCUGGCUCUUCUUCUUUGUUCUCUCUCUUCCCAACAUGAUCUUAUCGAACAAGCAAGCGACUCCCCAGUCCGUGAAGAAAUGUGCCUCGCUGAAGAAUCCCUUUGGACUCAAAUGGCACGCAGCUGUCAAUUAUAUCUGUCAGUUUGUCUUCUGGACUGUGCUCAUCCUCAUGUUUCUGUUUUAUAUCGUUAUUGCCAAAAAGGUGUACGAGUCUUACAUAAAAACACAGAAGAAAGACAACAAAAGUGAACAAAGGAUCAAGGGGAAAGUAUUCAUCAUUUUUACCGUGUUCUUCCUGUGCUUUGCCCCCUUCCAUUUUAGCAGGAUUCCCUACACUCUGAGCCAAACCACGGCGCAGAUGGACUGUCGUCUGCAGAAGCAGCUGUUUGUGGCCAAAGAGAGCACCCUCUGGCUGGCUGCCACAAAUGUCUGCAUGGACCCCCUGAUAUACAUGUUCCUGUGCAAACCUUUUGUUGAAAAGGUGUUAUGCAGGAGAGUGGAGACCCUUCGGAAAACAGUUCACACCAGCCCCAAAACCGAACUAGACACGCGAACGUCUGCCACUGAAUCCUGAUCCUGCAGCUCUGGCCUCUACAGCCUCUGCAUAUCUGUGGGGAAGUUAAAGAUCAGUUUGUGUUUCUUGAGCUGUACAGAACAAAAGCUGGUUGUACUUACUGUAUUUUAACACUUAAUAAA